AUGGCAGCCAUGAAAACAUUCAUACUAGCGCCCAACUUCUCCUUCAGCCCGGACACGUCGAUAUGUAUGGGUGACAUUGUACAAGACCCGAGUGACCCGACGAGGCCACUGAGCAGCUCGCCGAGGGCCGAGCUCGAGACGGCGACCCACACGGACUACGAUGCGGAACUGACGAAAUCGGCGUCGACGGGCGUGGGAGGCGGCGUGUGGGCGACGUUUCUCCAAGGCGUCGCGUCGCUCAAGCUGUACGGGGAGGUCAAGAAGGAGACGGCGACGAGCUACACCAUCGACCGUCUCGAGACGGUCUACUUCAAGCGCCAACCCACGGACGAGCAGGCGUCGCGGUGGACCCUCGAACCCCGCGUCGCCGCGGCGAUCGACGCCGGCCUCGUGCGCAAGAAGCCCGUCUACCUCGUCUCCGGGCUCAAGAUCGCCAGGGGCUUCAGGCUCUCGCGCGGCGCCUCGUCGUCGUCGCACCGUGCCGGAGUCGGUGCCGAGGCGCCAGUCGCUGCCCUGACCGGGGGAGGGGUCGUCGGAGUAGGCGCCGACGUCGACGUCGAGAGGGCGAGGUCCGAGGAGCAGUCGUGGCGGUCGGACGAGGACGUCGUCUUUGCCUACCAGUUGCACGUCAUCGCGCAGAAAGGGUGGCGGCGCGAGAACACGAAGGGGAAGAACAGACGCGCCGACGUGAGGGUGUAUAAGAGUAAAGCUGCGUUCCUGAGCGAGGACGCAGCCGAAGAAGAAAAAGAAAACCCGAUAGCUGUCGCUGAGAUGGGUGGAGUAGGCGGUGAUACAGAAGCCCUGCACGAUGUCUUUGGUGCGGAGAGGCUGCGGAGCGUGGUCACGGUCACGGACGGGGAGGAUGUCGUCCGGUGUAUUGUCCUCGACGACAUGGCCGUUGAAGAGGAGGAUCAUGAAGAAGAAGAAGAAGAAGAUGAAGAAGAAAAAGAGAAAGAGAAAAAUGACGACGACGACGACGACGACGAGAUGUCCGAAUGA